GUUUAGAAAUUAAAGCAGACACGAGUGGUCAUAUGUAUACAUAAUACUUAGAGCUGUACAUAUUACAUUUAUAGUGAGUAGGAUGAAUGGUGGGGUACUCAAUGCAGAGCAACGGAGCUCUAUACGGCCUGCUGUUAAAUUUUUAAGUGAUUACUAUACCACUGACCAUGAGCCACUGCAAUAUCUUCUUCACGAGUGGCAAGUUCUGAACCGCAAAAUACAAGAAAAAAUAUUGAGGCUCCAGCCAAAGAUGCCGCGAACACCAUCCGCACAGGAAUUCCAAGGAGGCACGAGUUUCAACGCGUCUGGUCACCACGAACACCGUCAUAGGCAUAUACAUCAGCAAGAGCUCUGCUGCAACUCUGCCUCAGAGUGUGCCUCAAAGGCUCCGUAUCAAUACCAGCCGAUGAGGAAUACGUUGCAGGAAACUGGUGCCUCCCAUGAUUCUUCCUGUGCUCCUCCGACGCCUUCCUCUGACUCGUGCUCGUCGACGUGCAGCGCACACGAGCGCCACACACGCUAUACUAAUAUCAGCACUGCUUAUCGCCAAGUCUCGGAACCGUAUGGUCGACACCACGAAAUCGAACGACAACGCAAAUUUCUCGACGAGUACAAGCGUCUUGCGAAGCCUUUUCUGCCGUCCAGCGCUUCCAUGGAUAUUUUAAGUAAACCAACGCGUUUGAUGCUCGGGGAUUGUGCGCGCGACGUUUAUCAGAGCAUCGCGUCAGACUGGAAAGAGGCUAAUCCGAUAGUUAUGUCCACUGCUGAGGAUCUUAUUGUCAUUUAUUUCUGCUUGAAAUCGCUCACACGACGGCAGUCGCUUCUUCUUCUAAAGUACAUGAAUGGUGCCUUGAAGCGCUGUGCGGCGAUCUCACAGUAUGGUCUUGCAAAGGUUCCUGAGGGUUGGAACAUAUUAACGGACGAUGGGUAUCUGAUGUACACCCUAAGGCCGGAUUGGGUGAAAGCACAGAGGUUCCUCCCACCCUCAGUGGUGCCCCUCCCCGCUUCAUAA